CUCCCGCUCCACAGUCUCGGCCGCGGCGCAAGGGGCGGGACGCGCCGCCGCCUCUGCUUCCGCCGCCGCCGCCGCCGCCGCAGCCGCCCGCCGCUGCGCGUUCGGCGGGGGAGGAGCCGGAGGCGGAGAAGAAGGCGGUGGUGGCGGGUGGAGGAACGGCAGCUCUUCUGGCUCAGGAGCCGCUGCACAUUUCGGAAUCUUUUGCAACUUAUCCGUUGUGUGAGUAAAAGGGAAAUCACAUCAUAACUCUGCUGGACUGGGCACACGGGAGCUGCUACGUAUGUCACAGUACAGCGAGAAAGAGCCGUCAGCAAUGGAUCAAGAAUCCAGCAAGGCUGCCUGGCCCAAACCAGCAGGAGGCUAUCAGACAAUAACAGGCAGGAGAUAUGGAAGAAGACAUGCAUACGUCAGUUUUAAACCAUGUAUGACCAGACAUGAAAGAAGCUUAGGUCGCGCUGGUGAUGACUAUGAGGUGUUAGAACUCGAUGAUAUUCCCAAGGAAAACUCCUCAGGUUCCAGUCCAUUGGAUCAAGUUCAUACUUCUAUACCCAGUGACUCCACAUGUGAAAAAAAUGAGACAGAAAUUCCCACUUGUGGUACAGCAUUGAAUCCAACUAUUGAGCGCAGCCCAUCCUUUGCUGCAGUCCAGCCUAGUGAGGAAGGCAGGGAGACCUUAGAAAGCAGUGGAAAUCUCCAGAAUCACUCUGAGGGCAGGUGUACUCCAGGAGCUUGUAAUGCUUCCAGUGUGCCCAAUGGAAUUGCUUUGACUCCUACUGACUCUCAGGCUGCAGAUGGCAAACACGGAGAAGAACAUGAACGUCUUCAGCUUUCUGCGGAAGUGGUUGAAGUUGGUAGAUUCCAGGAAGCAUUAGACAAUACAGUAUGUGAGUUGGCAAAUGGGGAGGCAGAGGUGUACAAUGGUCUUUCACCGCCAGCUCCCUCUUUUAACUGUGCGAUCAGAGACGAGCUUCAAGAGUUAGAUUCGGCACCAUUACUUAACAACCAGGAAUUCCAGAGGUCCUCUUCUGAAGAUGAUGUUGUUAGGAAGAAACAACCAAAUACUAACCAGGAAGGACAGACAGAAACUUCAUCUGAGAAUGCAGGCUGUGCUGCAGGGCGUGCUUGGAGGGAACAGAAUAUCCGUGAUAGGGACACCAGCCAUGGAAGCUCUCCUGAACAGGUAGUAAGGCCAAAAGUUAGAAAACUGGUAAGUUCAAGCCAGGUGGACCAAGAAACAGGUUUUAAUAGGCAUGAAGCUAAACAAAGAAGUGUUCAGAGAUGGAGGGAGGCUUUGGAAGUCGAGGAAAGCGGUAAAGAUGAUCCAUUGAUCAAAUGUGACGAAUAUGAUGGAGAACAUGACUGUAUGUUCUUGGAUCCACCUUACUCAAGAGUUACACAAAGGGAAACAGAAAAUAACCAAAUAACAGAACAUGGAGCCACAGCAGGAAGACAAGAAGCUGGGGAUAAUGCCUUUUGGAAUGGAUGUGGAGAUUAUUACCAGCUCUAUGACAAGGAUGAAGACAGUUCAGAAUGCAGUGACGGGGAGUGGUCUGCUUCUUUGCCUCGAUUUUCUGGGACAGAGAAAGAUCAGUCCUCAAGCGAUGAGAGCUGGGAGACUUUGCCAGGAAAAGAUGAGAAUGAGCCUGAGCUGCAGAGUGAUAGCAGUGGCCCUGAGGAAGAAAACCAAGAAUUGUCUCUUCAAGAAGGGGAGCAGACGUCCUUGGAGGAGGGAGAGAUUCCCUGGUUGCAGUACAACGACGUGAACGAAAGCAGCAGCGAUGAGGGCAACGAGCCGGCCAACGAGUUUGCCCAGCCGGAAGCUUUCAUGUUGGACGGCAACAACAACCUGGAGGAUGACUCGAGCGUGAGUGAGGACUUGGACGUGGACUGGAGCCUGUUUGAUGGUUUUGCGGAUGGACUAGGAGUUGCCGAAGCCAUUUCUUACGUGGAUCCUCAGUUCCUCACGUACAUGGCUCUAGAAGAACGUUUAGCCCAGGCCAUGGAGACGGCGCUCGCGCAUUUGGAGUCCCUUGCAGUGGAUGUCGAGGUGGCCAAUCCCCCGGCCAGCAAGGAGAGUAUCGAUGGUCUUCCGGAAACCCUGGUUCUUGAAGAUCACACUGCUAUCGGGCAGGAGCAGUGCUGCCCCAUCUGCUGCAGCGAGUACAUCAAGGACGACAUCGCCACUGAGCUGCCUUGUCACCAUUUCUUUCACAAGCCUUGUGUCUCCAUUUGGCUUCAGAAGUCGGGGACGUGCCCUGUGUGCCGCCGUCACUUCCCGCCUGCAGUCAUCGAGGCUUCUGCAGCUGCUUCCUCCGAGCCCGACCCCGAUGCCCCUGCUGCAGGCGACAGCGCUGCAGAAGCCCCCUAAGCCCAGGCAGCUGAAAUGCGAUCAGUCUAUCCAAAUAAAUCCGCAAAUUCCUUCUAAAGCUGAUGUGCAAAUAAUUAUAUAUUAAAUAUAUUGAAAUUGCUAUAUAUAGUAUAUUCCCUAGUUUAGAAAGAGAAUAUUAACCUUUCUAAACUACGUUUAGGUUUGCAGAAAGUGUUCAACGUUUUCAAGCUGAAUGUUGAAGCAGUGCAUCCGUUUGCUUUAGUUGAAUAUGUUGGUGUUCGUUGUAAAGUCGACCUUAGCAGCUCCUCUCUCUGUGGCCCACGUGAUCGGCUUUGUCUAAAGUACCGCCACAGAGGGACUCUGAUUAAGCUCUCCUGUUGCGUCAGGUGUGAAGGCGGUGGUCCUAGCAGUAGUGGGGCUUGGCUUCAUUAGAAGGAAGGCAACUCUAGAGCAUGCUUUGUUCCUGGUCCUUUUGCUUUUGCUGCAUCAAGCCCACUUGGUUCAUAAUAUUGAGAAGGUUUUUUGGGGGAAAAUGUCUGCUUUCCCUUCUUGGCUCUAAGUUGGCUUUUCAGAAUGCCAAACCAAAGAGCAUUGCAAAAUGUUUAAAUGUUAGAGGUAACCACCUGAAAUGGUUUGGCACUAAAAUAAACGGUUUAAAUAAACACUGGAUGUGCUUAGAGGAAUGUCAGUAAAGUGAACGUGGGAACUCUGGGCACCCUUUGCUUGGUGCAGUGAGAUGCAUGAGCUGGCCUUGGGAAACUCUGUGAACACACAUCCAAAGCCUGUUUCUGCUUGGUCACGGUUACACUUGAAGGCCCAGAACACGCAUGGCCUGCUUGUUAGCAAGUAUUAGGUAGUUGCUUUAUGAUAAUUUUGGUUCUGAACUAUUUUGUAAGGGUUUGAAAGCUUGUACAGGGUCCCCUUUGUAUUUAUAAAGCCCCCAGUAAGAUGGCACAGCUGCUCCUCCAGGAGGUCACAGGGACAGGCAGGUACAGACGUGGGUGUGAUGGUUCCGCAGCAGCGUGAGGGGGCGCUGCCUCUAGGCUAUCCCACGGAAGCUAGGAGAACCGGCAGGGGCACCCUGAGCGGCUCUCCACCCACAUGCACCACUGAUAACGUGGACACCUCAAAGGAAUGUUUGUCCACCUUCCCAGGGCAGAAUUACAUGUUUGUGUAAUUUCUCUGAAUAUUUGAAUUCUGUCUCUUUUCUCCAUUCUUAAAGAUAAGUGAAUUUUCACUGUUGGCACAUUUGAGGCUUAAAUAUAAAGAACCUAACACUUGCAUUCUAAUUUUGCAUAUAUUGUAAAUGUGUCUGGUAUUUACAGCUAAAUGCUGUGUAUCCUUUUAUGGGUAAAACAAAAGUGAGCAUUGCAUGCAUGUAUGUGGUGAGUUUGUAAUUUAGGGGUUCCUCGGGGCUUCUGUGACUUUGGAAAUGCCUACAUCCAGGCCUUAAUGUUGCAUUAGCUAGCAUGUGUUCUUCUGAUGUAUAUAGUACUGUUGUACAAACUAAUCUCUGCUUGUUUUCUACUCUGUGACCUUUCCAUACCACAUUUCAUUGAGGAUCAGUUAGUGUCAAGGAGUCAAAUCAGAUGAAAAUUAAUUCUCAUGUGUAUAUUGUGGAAAUCCGUAGCUAGUAUGGUUUUGUUUGUUUCUUUUCAAGUAAUGUUGACCAGUUGCCACACAGGUUAACUUACACAUUGCCAGAGUUCUCCAUAAUAAGCCACACAUUAUAUUUAGGCAGGAGUAAGGGACCUUGGGUUUCUUCUAGGUAGCAGCUGCCCCAAAGGAAAAUAUUCUUCUUUGCUUGUUAAGAUGUAGUUAUUAUCUGCCAGUUGUUGCGGCUUUGAUUCCAAACUCAACCAGCAGCGUUGAGAGCUGAACUGGAGAGAACUGUUGUCCUUUUUGCUUCCAUCUGUUCCCACCCCUCAUUCUUGGCUCCCUGCUGUCUGUAAACAGCUGCUGUGAAGGAGAAAAGUUGAACAAGAGUUGGCUUCAUUUUUUAAAAAAGAGAAAUUGUAGAGCCUAGGGUUUUUGUGAUAACGAGCUGGUGUAUAAGCUGAGGCUGACAAGUUCAGAUCGUAUUGUGUGAUCUCCUCUGGAUCCUCCUGAGAAAAAGUUAAGAAUAUAUGAAGGUAAAUUAGAAAUAAGUAUGGAUAUGAAUAAAAUAUCAUUUAUCUUAUUUCUCUAUUUUAUGUUGUGACUUGACCUAAUUUUAUUUUUUGAACAUUUUAUUGUAAUAUGAAUGCUGAUAUUUAAAUUUAAAGAUAGAUCCAUGUGGUGUUUCUUUUGUGUUUCUUGUUUACACUAACUCUUUAAGAUUAUUUGUGAUCUGGAUUUAUAUAUAAGCUGUUAAAUAUAUAUGAGUUGUUAAAAUGGAAUGCAAGUUUUUCAAAAGGCCAGGUCUAAAUGUAAUGAUUGGUUUAUUGUUCUAUAACUUCAGCCCAUCAUUUUCUGUGUAAAUCAUAAACAAUAAACAGGAUAUACUCAGUGGUCAUUUCUAAUA